GUACUUUUUUAGAAAUAGUACUUUUUCUCUUGUUUUGUUUUGAUGAAUAGUGACUCAACAUGAACAGACUGAAUCCAGAACCAACAUUAAAAAGAACUAAAACUGAGUUACAGCACUGUCAGUGUUUUUCUGCUGUGUGCAGAUUGUACCAUGGCAGACACUGGUCUCUGACCAAAGGUUUUGUCUUGCCUAAUUCAGGCUUGUUGUCAUUUGCACUUUGUGUCAGCUUUCCUGUAGAUCCACAAAGAAACUUGAGUCAAUGCUUCCGGAUCCCUGAAACACAGAGAUGCCAGUGUUUCACGACAAGCCAAGUUCUGUGUGCAGAUGAACGGAUGACAUCUUUGCCCAGUAACAUGUCCAAGCAGGUCAAGGACUUUAUUUUAAUGACAUCUGCUGUGGCGUAUCUGUUCCCACACACUUUGGAGGAGAGCCCCCAACUCACCAAACUGGUGUUCUUAAAUAAUGCUCUGCGCAGUAUUCACUCACAGGCUUUUCAGCAUAUGACUGAGCUGCAGGAGUUGGAGAUCAGUGGAAACCCCUGGCUCGAACAUCUCAUUCUGGGGACAUUUUCAAAUCAGACAAACAUGACCAUACUGCUUCUCAACUUCAACAGAUUCAAGACGGUGCUUCCCGGAAUGUUUGACUCCCUGAAACAACUAGAAACUCUGCAGAUGAAGGGAAACAUCAUAUCACACCUGCCUCACUCUCUUUUCCAGAAUCUCCACCACCUACAUGUACUGGACUUGUCCCAGAAUAAAAUUGAAGUAGUGGGAAGAGACACUUUUUCUGGUCUGGCUGAGCUGAAGGUGCUUAAAAUUAACAACAACCUCAUUAGCAAUCUUACAUUUGACACCUUCCACAAUAUGUCUCAGCUGAAAGAGCUUCACCUGGAAGGGAACAAAAUAUCGGUACUCCAUGAAGGCAUCUUCUCUGAAUUAACUAACCUAAAUGUGUUGAACCUCCGUGGAAACCUUCUUACAACCUUCAGUGAUAGCGUUUUUGGAUUCAAUAACUCAAAUUUGACAGAGCUGAACCUUAAAGGAAAUAGACUGACUGAACUGUCCUUGUUAAGCUGUUUAACAUCUCUCACUGACCUCAUAUUGUCCACCAAUCAGCUCUCCAGCCUUCAUGAAGACACAUUUAGAAAUCUUACCAUGCUGGAGAAUCUGGAUCUCUCUGAAAACCAACUCACAUUUCUGCCUGAACGAAUCUUCAAUAAUCUAUUUGCUAUAAAAACAAUUGACCUCCACAUAAACAAUCUGAGCAAGGUCGAGCCCAAACUGUUUGAGGACCAGAUACUCAUUCAGCAACUCUACUUGUCCAACAACCAACUUGAAACUCUUCCAAUUGGCGUCUUUGACCCUUUUGUCAUCCAGCACACAGUGAGGAUUCAUGGGAAUCCUUGGAAAUGUGACUGCCACAUGUGGUACCUACAUGACUGGGUGCUGAGAAACAGCCAAGAUAUAGAGAUGCUGGACAGUGUGCUCUGUGAGAGCCCCGGGUUUUUGAGAAGACGGACAGUUGUCUCCAUUGAUAAGAACCAGCUGGUUUGUACUGUGUCGAUAGAAAAGAUUCCUAAUCACAGUCGAUGUAGUUUGCAAGCAUUCAAUGACACCAUGAUCAUCAUGUGUAAAGUGGAUAAAUGUUCUCCCCUGACAGUGAAGGUUCAGUUUCAGGAAGAUGACAAUAUUAAAGAGCAUGUUUUUGGAAAUAAGCCUGAACAUUCCCAGUGCAGAAAUGACACAAGGGUUGAGAACCCCAUUGAUUAAAUCUGUUAAUUAGAUGCUGUUUGAUGUACAAAUACAGUACGUUUCCAUGCAUUUGUUGUUGCUUAAUACUAAGACUCACAUUAUACUCAGUUCUGACUUUCAGAGUCAAUACUGUAAACAAACCUGCUUAAUGAUAAGAGGGGUGGAUGAACCCUUCUCUGGUUAAGAUCAAAGUUCAGCUUAGUCAUUUUGAAGACCCUGUCAUUUCUAAAAGAAACAAUGUCAAACACGUCAAUCAUCUGCCAACAUGUGUUUGUCACAACAGAACAACUAUAACUAUGAAUAUUUUAAAUGUGUCCAGUAACUGUGGCUGUUUCAUGUUAGAAGAAAACAGAAUAUUUACCUCAUCUAUAUGUUCGCAAAAUCGGGUUGUCAUAGAAAUAUAAUGCAACUAUACGGUAUCUUUCUACAUAUGGAAUCUAUCAGUAAAAUGUACUUUUUCAUGAUAAUCACAGUUCACCACUACCUUGAAACAUAUAGAAUUCAUAAUUUUCAUCCACUCUAUCUUCUUCAGUUUCUCCCUUCCCUACUAGUGCUGAACAAUUAAUCGAAAUUUUACUGCAAAGAGGCAAAAUAUUUGUGAAAGCCGAAAUGUGUGUCAAAAUAUACAUUUUGUCUUGAUUUAUACACAUCUUAUUCUAUGGACUUAAGAGAACAAUCUCAGUGGACAUAAGGUGAUAGGCAUAGUACACCCUGGACAGUUCACCAGUUCAUCACAGG